AGGACGGUGCACACUCUUCACCGAUAGCCGCCAAAGUGCCCUAUGUCUCGCGAAGAACCCGGGUGGAAGUGAAUUCUUCAGCUGAGUUGAGUGCCGCAUGCUUUCAGGUAAGCAGUCAAGCUCAAAACCAUCCGGACGAUUCUCGGUAUAGUAGCGGCCGAGGACUUGCAUCUAUUUCAACUAGACGUGAAUACGGUCUUUCUCCACGGCAACAACGAGGAGGAGGAGAUCUACAUGGUGCAACCCGAGGGGAAAAAGUAUCGGGCGGUAUGGAGGGUCCCGGCUUGCCUACUGCUUUGUUACCAGAGCUGGAUCGAUUUCAUCUUUUCCCAGUGCCCAUGCUCCUACUACUACUUAUGUUAUGCAGCUAUUCAACCUCCCAUAGAUGGUAAUGGUGCUUCCCCAGCAGCUGUUCCUACUCCUUUGGCUGGUGCCAAAUCAGGUGACUUUUAAGUUUAAGCUUGCCCGCAGAACGAUGUAACCAUGCUGGCAGUACUAUGAUUGCCUUAGAGCGCAGAUGUCUCUGUCCCUAGGAACGUGAUGCUUAGGUGCGAGGUGAAACACAAGCAGGAGAUCGAGAAGAAAUCAUACGGAUUGCAACCUACAGAUGAAGAAUCUGCUUCAUUGUUCCCACCAUCUAUAUCAUAUGUUUAAUAAGAAUAGGAAUCGAAUAAGCUGCUGAUUGACUGAGGAAGCAUUUGAAAAGAAAGGAAGGGUGAUGCUUGUUAAACAAAGCAGCGUGUGGGGCCGCCACGUAUAGCUGUAGUUUCUGCUGUAGCAUCGGUUAUUUCCGUUAUUGCUGUAGUAGCAUCGGUUAUUGCUCAGGUUACGAAUGACCCAAUCUAUCUAUGGCAACCACCCCUACUUUUAGUAGAUAGAGAUGCGCACCUAGAAAAGACGGACUCCAGGUUAUGCCCUUCUGACUUCUUCUCUUGUCUGUCCUUUACGCAAAGCGAUCUAUGGUCUCAACAAGCCCCGAUAGCGUCGGUUUUUGAAGUUCAGCACAGUGGUUAUCCAGGCAGGGUUUGCUCGGAGUGAUCAUGAUUCGGCCAUGUUCGUAUCAGUUUAUCCUCGAGGACGUGCUAUUCUGCUGUUGUAUGUUGAUGAUAUCAAACUGACUGGUGAUUACUCCGUUACCAUAUCGCUGAUCAAGUGUCGCCUUCAUCAAUUAUUUGCUAUGAAGGCGCUGACGCGCCCUAAGCCUUUUCUUGGCUUGGAGGUCGCACAUUCUCCUCGUGGAUAUUUGGUAUCUCAGAUCAAAUAACGUCAUGACUUGAUCACUCGAGCUCAACUCAAUGAUGAGAAGACUGUUGACACUCCCUUGGAGCUUUACGUUAAACUCCGUCCGACUGAUGGCUCACCAUUAUCUGAUCCGACGCAGUACAGACAGUAGGUCGGCUGUUUGGUUUAUCUGACGAUCUCUUGCCCAGAUGGCUUUUCCUAAGAAAGUCAGCCUUUCAUGGCUGCCCCCCGGUCAGUUCACUUUGCAGCAGUUCAUCGGAUUCUUAGAUAUAUUCGAGGUACCUUUUCUCGAGCCGUCCUUUUUUCCGUCAUCGUCUUCUUUAGAGUUGCGUGCAACUACUGAUACCGAUUGGGCCUUCAGAUAGGUGCUCAACUACAGGCUUCUCUAUUUUUUGGGGAGACUCUCCACUAUCUUGGAUGAGAUAAAAGCAAUAGACAGUUGCUCCUUCCACUGCCGAAGCGGAGUACCGUGCCAUGGCACACUACUAGAUAGAUUGUAUGGCUCCGUUGGUGACUUUCUGAUCGCGGGUUUCAUUUGCCCAACGCCAUUCAUCUUGCGUCAAAUCCGGUCUUUCAUGCAAGAGUUUCAUUUUUGGCCGCUACUACGUUCGUCGAAAACUUCUUGAUGGCACCAUCAUCUCAUUACCUUAUUUUUUUCCUUCGACUUCGGCUAUGACCAAUGCCCCACCUAGCUGAAUAGGCGUAACAAAGCUACCUGAAAAAGGCAAGGUGUACCUUAAAUUGAAAUCGACAAAUUGCGUUUUGCCAGAUGGAUUCUUUAGAAAGAUUCCCGGAUAAAGUUCAGUAUAAUAUUUAGUUAGAAUCUAAAUAAAGGCGCAUACGUGGGCGGGCAGGGGGCCCCACUACUUCUUCAUUCAGGGGGGGCUAGCCUCAUGACUUCCCACUGGGCGAGGGGUGCACCUAACCCACCUACUCACUCAUCAAUUACGGUGUUCAGCUGACUUGCACAGAAAGACCCCUAUUGUUUAGUAAUUUGGCGCCCCAUCUUUUGAUUGACUGUUGUCAACUAAUCUUUUCAAUGUUCGAUUCUACUCUAUGUUAGAACAUUUCAGUGAAUGCUAUUUCGAUCUAAGUGGUCCUAUUCUCUGUCCCGUGCUAGGAAGCAUUACUCCUCUUUUCAUUCCAAAUUCUUCAAUAAGACUGAUACGAUUGAUUGGUCUGUGCGUUUCUCUUAUUACUUUUUUGUAUCCCCCUGUUCCUCGGAUACAAUUCGAUCCUUCUACGGCCAAUUCUCAAUUUGUGGAAAGCCUUCGAUGGCUUCCUUAUGAAAACAUCCAUUUGUAUAUGGGUAUAGACGGUCUUUCAUUAUUCUUCGUGAUAUUGACCACAUUUCUGAUCCCUAUUUGCAUUUCAGUGGGUUGGUCUGGUAUGAGAAGUUUCGGGAAAGAGUAUAUUACAGCAUUUCUAAUUCGUGAAUUUCUAAUGAUCGCCGUGUCCUGCAUGCUGGAUCCUCUACUAUUCUAUGUUCUUUCCGAAAGCGUGCCAAUCCCUAUGUUGUGCGGAGCUGAGCAUCUUCUAUUCGCUGGGAUCAAGCUUUUCCUCUGCAGGGGCCUUGUGCAGUAAACCCCCUACGGGCGGUCCCCCGUCGUCGUAAAGUAGUAAAGGUCCCCGCGAAGCUUUCGGGAAGAGGGGUAGUCUUGUGCGUAAGCAUAGCAUUUCUGGUCGAACCACCGAACCACACAUCUUUUUUUGGUGGGAGGGUACUCCGAGUAGUGGGUACCUCGUAGGACCUCGACCCGCCUACUCUGGUCUUGUAUGGAUAUGCAGGAAGGGGUGCUCCUAGGUGUGUGUAGGGGGUGUGUUUGUUCGCGAGAAUGGAUUCCUCGUCAAGUCAGGGGGGGUGUGGACACACUUGCGCGAAUUCGGGUAACGGCUACAAGGGAUAAAAAUAAAGGAAACUGUACCCGACCAGGGAUGGACGUAAACUCGUAAGCUACCGAGGGUAGGGAUAAUCGUCCAGGUCUUAUUGUUUAAAAAAAAAGCCGCCCCGCCACAGCAGGCAGGUUAGUUCCUCUGUCGUUGCCGGAGAGUUCUUGGCGAAGAGACCUUAGGAUAAGUUGCUAAAACAAACGGAGGGGAGGAUCGACCCGUUCAGUAGAAUUCCGAAGAAAGACUGUUGGCAGCAGGUGGAGACAUUGGCCCCCUUCCAAAUAAAUGCGGGCAGGGUAGAGCUCGGCAGAGGGUUCGAGAAUAGGGUUUUUUACGGUCGGGUCCCCUACCACUAGUCCGGCUAGCCUUCUUCGGGCAGGAAGCAGGCCGGGCCCGACGGGCGGGCAUCUCCCGCAACGCAAGCUGCAUUGUUCGCCACCACCCGAGAAGCAAAAGAUUCGAGAGUCAAGGCGGAAAAGACAAGCAUAGUGGUCUAAUGCCAAGGGCCGACGACGGAAGCUCGGGACGGAGCCGUAUGAUGCGGAAGUCUCACGUACGGUUCCCUGAGAAGGGAGUGGCUACCCACUGGAGCUUCGACCAACCACCACCGGUCAAUUUCGCUUUGGGGCCACCCCUGACUCUACCAUCAUUAUAGGGGUAUGGGGUUCGAGACAAAGAAAGAUCAAGGCUGCAUAUCAGUUUUUCCUAUAUACUUUACUUGGAUCCGUUUUUAUGCUAUUAGCUAUUCUGUUGAUUCUUCUCCAAACAGGAACCACCGAUUUACAAAUUUUAUUAACCACUGAAUUUAGUGAGCGGCGCCAAAUCCUUCUAUGGAUUGCCUUUUUCGCCUCUUUUGCCGUCAAAGUGCCUAUGGUACCAGUUCAUAUUUGGUUACCCGAAGCCCAUGUAGAGGCACCUACGGCUGGAUCCGUCAUCUUGGCAGGAAUUCUUUUAAAAUUGGGAACCUACGGGUUUUUAAGAUUUUCAAUACCCAUGUUUCCCGAAGCGACACUUUGUUUCACUCCUUUCAUUUAUACUCUAAGUGCGAUUGCUAUAAUAUAUACUUCCUUGACCACUUUAAGACAGAUCGAUCUUAAGAAGAUCAUUGCCUACUCCUCAGUAGCCCAUAUGAAUUUGGUGACUAUUGGUAUGUUUAGUCGGGCGGCGGCCGUUAGGUCACCUAUUUUGAGUUAUGGACACACAAGCAAGGCCAAAACAUGUGUGCCGGGCGUGCGACCCAUCAACCUACUAGCAAUAGGGGAGAAAACUUAGCAUGUCGCAACAAAAGCGUCGAUUCGAGGCGUCAGCAAAACACCGCCGUCUGUUCCUAAAACAAAACCCCUUAGCGCCCCGGGACGGGAGUGGGGGACGGCCCUACGCAGACAGCAGCAGCACCGGCUCUACGAAGUCCGAAUCGAAUCUUUCGGUUGGCUUUCCCGUGAAUAAGAAUAGUUGGGCGCGGCGAAGCGAGCGCUUUUAGCUGUUUCGCUUGCUUCUUUCUUAUUGUGGCGGCUAUUAUAUUAUGGCGUGGCUGAAAUGAACGAAAAGCGAGAUGAACCUUUCAAAUCGAUUGAUAGAUGGCCUGAUCUGUUCUGAUAGAUCGAAAGGGAAUCUAUCAAUAAUAAGGGUUGACCUCUUUCUAUCUAUUGAUGAUACAAGAUAUCUAUCUAUUCUGGAUCCAUCAUAAAUAAAUCGAUAUGUAUCUGAUGGAGUCUACAUCGUAUGUAGAGCGCCCAAGCGCUUUUUUGGCCUGCUCAGUUCUAUUAUCCAUCGGUCCAAUGCACUGGCUCAUCUCAUGGAGGGAAAAAGCAAAUGUAGUUAGUUGUCUUGUUGUUGUUCGCCGCCUCGACACAUUCCCCGGCAUCGUCCCACACAGAAAGAAAGAGCGUGGAGCCCCGGCCCGACCUGUAAGUCCGCUAACGUAAAGCGAGGAGUUGAGCCUGAACUGGCGAACCGAAGUGACUUUCGUAACCAUACUUCCUACAGCUAACACGUGUCCAGUCCAGCGGGAACGCGCAGCGCAAACGAACGUGAGCUGCUAUACCGAAUCCCCCGCAGGCCAUCGGGGACCUAGUGGUAAGGCCAUGAUCCGCAGGGGAAGGGAUCACUCAUUCUUCUAUUGGGGACAGGUGCACGAACGACAACUCCAAACGUCAGACAUCCGCCGCCUAUACCUACCGUUUAGGUGGCACCAGCGAGAUCCAGCUAAGGUAAGGAACUUCGUGUCGCGGCUGCUCCACUCCGCUGCGGUCUUUUGAACUGAACUUCGUUGCCUUCCCGCGCGCGAAACGAAUGGGCGCUGUGUCGUGGGUCAGUUUUGGGGUGGGGGGCAGAGAGAGACCAGAAGAAUGAUUCAUUUGGAUCGACGAGCCAUUUCGCGAAUCAAUAGAAUGUCUCUCUAUCCAUAUCUAUUCUAUCUUUAUAUGACGGGCCAAAAGAAGUAUUUUUUUUUAUGGCAUGUGAGAUGAUCGCGCCUAGUAGCCACAUAUCAGCUGCGCUCAAUAUGCGGGAUUUCCGUUGGAUCAGAUCUUUCGCUUUGACGAAUUUGGACCUAGCGAAAAGGACUCUAAGCCUUCGCGCAAACAAGCAAAGUAGAAGCAAGACGAGGAAGCGGAGCUGUCGUAGAAGCAGUAGCUUCCCCCGACAAUAUACAAUACAACAGUAGCGACCAUGAAUAAAAAAGCCCCUAGUUUAACGAGUUCGCAGCUUUUCCCGGGCCGGAGAAGGGCAACUACUUAUUGAUUGAUCGCCUUUCUUUGAUAUGUGUUCAAUUUAGUACAAUACAAACUACAACUAGAUCAAAGCGGAAGGGCCACUCACUAUAGAAGCUAUAACUAGCCUAGCCCUAGCCAAUAGUAUAGAGUUUAGUAGUCGGCCAAACCCCCAUGCUCACGACAUGUUCUUGAUAUUGAUUGAGUUGGAGGGAGUCAGAGACUACCACGGAAUCCUUCCAUAGUCACCCCGGUGACCUUCGUCACCAAAGCGUCACGACAGUUUCCAAGACCCCUCAUAUAAUCUCCAGUGGGGAUCAGUCGGAGCACGUAGGAAUGCCGACCACUACAUAAGCCGCUGGCGGAGAAAGCUCGAAGAGCUUCCCUUCAUUCGCUUCGCGGGAGUCGCACACAGCACAUAGCUGGAAGUCAGAGGGCCCGUACUACCUGCCUAACCCUUCGCUCCGAGGGACCGUAGAACGGAAAGCGCCUUCUAAACAACUCGGCAGAAGGGAAGGGGCCUAUGUAUUUGCAUGACCCCUGCGGAUUUGACCCUACCUACACCCGGAGCCAAUCCCCUAGCGGUCCUGCCACCACGCCGCAGAACAGGAGCUCGUGUGGAACCUUGGAUUUCUGGCGUAACAGCGGUGGAAGGUAUAAAAAUAUUACGGCCGCAUAACAUAGGGGCCUACGCUAAGGUCGGCCAAAAUAUGGACACCCGAAGGGCCCGGCGCGCACAAUCCUAUCCUAUCUGAGCCCGUCAUUGCAUGCACUUCGGACAGCCGCCCGUAGCAUCAUAAAGAGCACCUCCCUUUCGAGGUACCCAAAUGGAACGGUCUUUAUUUGUGUUGUUGGUUGGUCUUUCUCAACGUGGUCUAUAGCACGAAAAACCAUUCUUUACAAGAUAGGGCCGUUCACAUGAAAGAAAAGCUCAAAUCCAUUCUUCAUGGUCGGGCGCAUUUCUCCAAAUCCUCCAGGAUCACAAGUGGAACGCUAAGCAAGGGUGGGGAGGCUGCGAGCUCCGCGUCGAACAGAAAGAAGCAAGCAGGGGGUGUUGCCGUAGCGCGCCCCGGAGAGCAAGCGUAGGCAACCAAACAAAAAAAGGCUACAAAAGUAGCUAGCUAGCGUUUUUAAGCUGGCUGCCUUUUCUAGCGCGCGUACUCUUCUGUGGAGUCGCACGGAACGAGCCUUGUCUUCCCUCCAACGACUAGCUCCCUUUUCUUGUUCCGGUCACCCUUCUCUUGCCGUGGAAGGACUUUUGCCUGUGGUGUGGUCCAACCCGUGGGCGGAGUCGCCCUCAUCCCCUCAUUGCUCAGUGCUCCCUGCAGCUUCGCUGGGCUUUACCCGCGUGGACGCGGGCUUAUAUUCUAUAAGAGAAUGAAAAGCUCUCUCUUUACAAUAAAACGCGAACUGCGCGGAGCCCACCCUUUUUCGUUUUCUGCCGCCACUGGGUGGCCGCUGGGGAAACACUGCCCGGCCGCCUCUCGGGAAAGGGGGGUGGGGGAUGGGCCUACCUAUCCCGAGGGAGCAGUUGAGAGGUUCCAUAUGCCGAGCCGAAGGGCAGAACUUCAGUGCGUGAUCGUAGUAUGUCACCUCGUCUCGUCCUCGCAGCAUCGAAGAGUACCUAUGCACUAUGUUCCGGUUCACUGAUAAGGAAGAUAGAGUUGGGGUGGGGGUCUACGAUGUGAUACUAUAGUAUAGUAUAGUAUAGUAUAGUAUAGUAUAGUAUAGUAUAGUAUAGUAUAGUAUAGUAUAGUAUAGUAUGCCCCGGGGAGAAAGAUGCGCAACUCAAAACAGAAGCAGGAAGCGUGUUGUCAAAAAUAUCGGAGGUUACCAGAUCUCUGAGACUACCAUCGAUCCGACAGAGCGGAACAACCAGAAAAAGAAGUGGAGUUAUAAAGCCGUAUGAUAGGUGGUAACUAUCUUGUACGGUUCGGGGGGUAAGCGGCGUACUCCGGGGGAAUAUUAGGCUCUAUCGAACAUACAGGGAAUUGGAGGUAGCAUUUUACUUAUGUUAAGUCAUGGACUGGUUUCUUCAGCCCUUUUUCUAUGUGUUGGUGUUCUAUAUGACCGACAUAAGACUCGACUUGUUAGAUAUUAUGGAGGUUUAGUGAGCACCAUGCCGAAUUUCUCUACCAUUUUCUUCUUUUUCACUUUAGCCAAUAUGAGUUUACCCGGCACUAGCAGCUUUAUCGGGGAAUUUCUAAUCUUAGUAGGAGCUUUCCAAAGAAAUAGCUUAGUAGCCACAUUAGCAGCGCUUGGGAUGAUUUUAGGCGCGGCGUAUUCCCUUUGGCUAUAUAAUCGUGUGGUUUCUGGAAAUUUAAAACCCGAUUUCCUCUAUAAAUUCUCCGAUCUAAAUGGCAGAGAAGUUUCCAUAUUUCUACCUUUUCUUGUUGGAGGGGCGACCGUCCGUUGAACUACCAAAAAAGGGUAAACCAAUGUGAUCAUAACAUUGUAGGUGCUUGCGAUGGGACGGAUGCGACUUCCCUCAUAAGUAAUGGGUGGCAUAGCCCGUAGCAGAAGUCCCCUUUUUUUAUCCAUUUCUUUAUUACCCCAGAGGGGCCCGCCCUGGUGGGACCGAGAGAAAGAAAGGACGGGGGGGGCGACCAUGCAUGGCACUUCUCGACCGUGUCUCCGAGGGACAGUUGAACGAGCGACUCAUGAAUGCUGCCGGGUCGGACGAGCCAAUAACUCGAACGUGUUCGGUCAGUUUUUUGAGCAAGAAUCACAGCGUUACCUUACCUUCACCAUGAUACGGACUCCAAGUUCUUAUGGCAGAGCACGAGGAGUUUCCUUCAAUAUGAUGAUGAGAAUGGAAACCAGAAGCACGACUGGGUCUUCGUAGUCCGAGAUCUCAUACUUAUAUAUCAGUCACAGUAACGUAAGCAUGAGACUUUUUGGUAGUACCGGUGAACCAGAUGGCCGCGGCGAGGGAAUCUGGGACGGAGGACUCGUAAUAUCUCUAUAGAUCUGGCAAAAGCGAAAGACCCCUAACGUCAGGGGCUGACCACUGAGCUCACUCAGGCCUCGCUGGGCGGGCCAGAGUGGGUGCGAGCUGGAAUUGCCAUAGCUUAUGGUUAGAGCAAUAGGAAAGGGCCCAGCGGAGAGAACAGUCAGGAUAACGAGCGCGGAGCCCGCUUGGCAGGCGGCAGGAGCUGUGGGCAAGUGCUUGCUUGGUAGGCCAACAGCCCUGUGAACCGGGCGGGGCACUCGACGAAAGGGGGCACACUGAGCAAGUACGAAAAAUUGGCCCCGCGGAGCUUUCAAAAAGAAAAGCAAGGACCACUACGGGAGGUCGAACCACGGACCGGAGGUAGUAGAACGUGAUCCGCACCGGUCAAUAUUGGAUCAAACAAUAGGGGACCGUAGCACUGACCUUUAUUUUGCAAGACAAUAGGUACUGUUCCCUACCGAGACAAGGGACACUCUCAACGGAUCCUCCACGCGCUGGGCAUACCAUAGUUCUUCCGUGCGUCUUUAUCGUGGCGGAAACAGAACAAAAGGGAAAGACCCGGCCGACUCGCCCAGGGCUCGAGGGCGAGCCAUACGAGAGUGAGUCGAAUUCUGUUUACGUUCUCGGUUUGGUUCGGGCCCCUCUCGAUCUUUUGCGUAUAAGGGAAGGGGGAAGGAGUCUAAAUCUAUGGACAUUAAUGAACCACCAUUGAUGGACGUUGCACAUGACACGAUCAAUUCGACUCGACGGUCCGGUGCUAAUAGAAGUCGCUUACUCUCCGUCUAGCGAAGGUGCCAGGGCAGGGCUUUUUUUUUUAGUAAUAGUGGGCGGGUCUCAUGAGAUUUCAUCUAUGCCGGCCGUCGGAAUCAAACGAGGGUCGAAGGACCAUUCGAUUCAUUAAGGGGGACGGCCCAUUUGUAAGGCGGGGGGGCCUGAAUGAAGAGCGGACCAGACUCUUCUUUGUUUCAGCUGCUCCCACGCACGCAGACCGGAAGAUCUCAGUUGUCCUGGACUAGACAAGUACGUAGAGAUCUUCGUGGAACCGGGGAGGGAGUCUCAAUCGAUCUUUUCUAGGAUUCCAACUCACGCCACGCACGAAGAUUUAUCUAUUGAUAGAGUUAAGGGCUCGGCUCCCCCGACUCUAAAAGGUUAGGUUACUACCAGCUUGCCUCUACGGAAGAGGUGUACUUUGUACUGUCUGGAGGUCAUAUAGAUCGGAACCCGGAGCGAGUUGAACGAAAGCCUUACCCACUGCUACAACUACUGGCGCUUCAAAGGGCUUAGAUUCUAAGGUAGGGGUGUCAGCCGUGAAAGCCUUUGGUACUUUAGUAAGGCGAGCAGCCCUUAAACAAAAUCAAAGGCGCGACCAUCCCCCCUUCCCCUAUUUUAGCAUUUCAUUCUCUAUUUGGCCCGCCUCAUGAAAAAUGAUAGGCCUAUUGAUUCGAAGUAAGUACGAAAGGGUCGGUCAAUAGCAUAGCUCUUUUUUUUUUCUCCUUUCGAAGGAAAGGCCUUCGCAUUCUUAAUCUGGUAGGGCCGGACGGCUUUGUUUGCCCUAGCUUGGCGAAUCGCGCCCCUGACCGUUCUCGCGAAGUCUUUGCAACGGCUGGGAAACCAGUCUACGAAGCUAAGCAUAUUGCCACGCCGACCAUCAAAUACGAGAUUGGGCCCCUUCUCAAAGAUGGAAUGGCCCAGCCCAAUAAAGGAAGGUUAACGUACGCGAUGCCUUCCAUUUGUACGAAUCGCUAACAUACCACGCACGACCGGACGUAGAGCCAAAAUUCACUGGCAGACCGAGUCGGGCGCAGGUGCCAGAUCCUCAAAGUAAAGUAUCGAUCAGCCUAGUGUACCAACCACGUGGUACGACGGGCACUCAAAGACCUGGCGAAUGAGGGCCCACCCCACCCAAGAGCGCUUAUGUCAUAUGGGAACUAUUGGCUGGAAACAAUCCUUAUGGUUUUGAUAUCCGGUUAGAAUAAUAAGAAAGAAUCAAAGUCCAGGUUGGUUGGUGAGCCUAGUGAUAGGAGACUAUCUAGCUUGGUUCGGAGAGCACUUGUUGGGUUUAAGAUUAGUUUUUUGCUAAAUGUUAAGGCCUAAAUGCUGAACUAUUGACCCUACUUGUUCGGAUGGGUGUUCACCCCAAAGUGUUCCCGGACUGCAUGCAUACAUCCGUAAGUAACUUAGUGCAACAUGGCAAAUUUCAUUGAGAGGAAUCAGCAAAGAAAAGAAAUCUUCUCCGGGUGACUGGAUCGCCCCGGAACCACAAGAAUCCUUAGAAUGGGAUUCCAACUCAGCACCUUUUGUUUUGAGAUUUUGAGAAGAGUUGCUCUUUGGAGAGCACAGUACGAUGAAAGUUGUAAGCUGUGUUCGGGGGGGAGUUAUUGCCUAUCGUU